UAUGAAUAAAUAUUUAUUGCUUUCCUUGAUUAUUUCAAUUUCCUUAGCUUCACUUGAUGAUUAAGAUCUCGUAUAGAAAUAUUCUAUUAAAAUCCAUUAAAGAGGUAGUAAUGCCAAUUAUCCAGAAAAAGGUGACUAAGUGAAAGUACAUUAUACAGUAAUAUAUUACAUAUAAAUUAGGGUAAAUUACUUGAUGGUACUAAAUUUGAUAGUAGUAAGGAUAGAAAUUAACCAUUUGAAUUCAGAGUGGGAAUUGGAUAAGUAAUUAAAUGUUGGGAUGAAGUUGUUUUAAAUUUAACACUUGGCGAUAAAGUUACAGUUAUUUGUCCAUCUGAUACAGCAUAUGGAAAUAGAGGUGCAGGAAGAGUCAUUCCACCAAAUUCAGAUUUAUAAUUUGAUAUUGAAAUGCUUGGAUUUAGAGAUUAAGAAUUAUGAU